GCCUUCCGAAACAGAUCACACCAAAAUCUCCUCUCCGUUUAGAUAGAUAGAAUAGAUUUCUUGCAUACUACGCUUACAUCAAAAAAGAAGUCAUUUAAGAUUAAAUCCCUUUACUUUAGACACUUGAAAACCAAAGAUAUACCCCCCUGCUUUUGCUUUGAAAGGUCAAAAGACUGCUUUUGACUUUUGACAUUCCAACAUUUUUCAGUUACAAUGGUAAGAACACUAUAACUGUUUUUCUGCAUGUGGAAAAGCAGCUCAAGGGCUCCUCUCUGUUUUUCUUGCUAAGGUAAAAGGGUGGGCCGGGGUGACCGGCGUAGUUGGCUCCGCCUGUCUAUCCUUUCAUCAAUUGAUCAGAGAAUUGGGUACUCAGUUUCUAUAGAGAAAAUGAAAACCAUAAUUCGCAAAUAUGUCUCCUUUGAGUUGCUGGGCAGCAUAUUGUUUUUAAGCCUUCUUUGGGUACGACAAUUGUGGAGCGAAGACCGUGAUUUCAUGAGUUCCUUCAACGUUCUAGAUUAUGGAGCUAUUGGCGAUGGCAUUAUUGAUGACACCCUAGCAUUUGAAAUGACAUGGGAAAGCACAUGUAAUGCAGAGACUGAUAAUGCAGAGAUGAUUGUUCCGAAGGGGAAGACAUUUUUGGUGCAUACCCUGGUUUUUGAUGGCCCUUGUAAUCCCACCAAGAUCAGCUUUUCGAUAUCAGGAAAUAUUGUGGCCCCUGAUAGUCCUGAUGCAUGGGAAGGAAGGGAUAAGGGGCAAUGGCUAAUCUUCGACAGUGUGAAUGGACUUGAUGUUAAUGGGCCUGGUACAAUCGAUGGCCGUGGUCAGGGCUGGUGGGAUAUCUCAUGUAAAACUCGCCCUCAAUCGACGGGAUGUGUCAAGCUUGCACCAACUGUGCUCAGUUUCUUGCAAUGUAACAAAGUUUCAAUGAUAAACAUUUCUGUUGUAAACAGUCCUCAAACUCACAUUCUAAUAUCAGGAUGUGACGAUUUCGCAAUUAAUUCUUUGAGCAUUAGAUCUCCUGGAAAAAGCCCUAAUACUGAUGGGAUUCACAUUAGCAGCUCCCAUGGAAUUCUCAUCACAAGCACAAACAUUGCCAGUGGGGAUGACUGUGUGUCAAUUGGAGAUCACACUUCAAAUAUACACAUCUCUGAUGUUAAUUGUGGACCUGGCCAUGGAGUAAGCAUUGGAAGCUUAGGUAAGAGUGGGAAUGAGGUGAAAGUCGAAAACAUAAGCGUAAUCCGCGGUCACUUCAACCGAACAACCAAUGGGGUCCGGAUCAAGACAUGGCAGGUUGGGAGAGGUCAUGUCCGGGGAGUUUCCUUCAAAAGUAUUGACUUCACAGACGUGAAAAACCCGAUAAUCAUCGAUCAGUACUACUGCGAUGUCAGAGGCGCGUGCAAACCAACGAAAACCGGAGUUAAAAUCAGCGAUGUGCGUUACUCGGGGGUAUCCGGUACAUCCAACAGCACAAUUGCUAUCAACCUGAAUUGCAGCCAAGCUGUUCCCUGCACCAAUAUAGUGUUAGACACCAUUGAAUUGGCAUCAUCAACUCAAGGAAAGCAAGUCAAUUCUAGCUGCAACAAUGCCUAUGGAAGAGCCGUGGGAGUUGUAAAACCCAAGUCAUGUCUCCUACAACAAUCUUGAAUCUGUUCAUAAGAAUCAGAUGUAUUUAAGCGGCCAAGAGUAAUUCUUUGUGGCUAGGAGUAAUUCUUCAUGGUCAAGUAUAAUUUUUUGCGGCCAAGAGUAAUUCUCUGCGGCCACAAGUAAUUCUCUGCGGCUAAAAGUAAUUCUUCAUGGCAGAAGUAAUUAUUUGCGGCCAAGAGUAGUUCUUACUUGGGUUUCUGUUUUAUAGUUCAGAUACCAUCACUUACCAACCUAUACAAACAUUCUUUGUCAUGAGUAUCUGUAAUCUUUAACUUGAUAUGAACUUAUUGUAUAUUUUGUUAAUCUGCCAA